AUGCAAUGUGUGUGCACAGUCAAGGAGUUCACUCCUGUGAAGGACAGCCAGGACGGCUACAGCUUUGUGUAUCCCUUUGGCUGGCAAGAGGUGGCAGUCAAGGGGCAGGACGUUGUCUACAAGGAUGUCAUAGAGCCCCUGGAGAGCGUCAGCGUCAGCAUCACUCAGACCGACAAGGCCAAUGUCUCUGAGUUUGGUUCACCCGCCGAGGCAUGCCCCUAUAUUGAUGCAUCCCUCUUCCUUUUUGCAGUGCAGGACGCAGUGUGUUAUUGCUGUGUGCAGAAAGAGAAGGACGGUCGCAUGUACUACACAUUUGAGUUUGCCUCAAAGGCACCCAACUACAUUCGCCAUGCUCUGGCCGUGGUGACUGUUGCAAAUGGCAAGUUCUACACUUUGACAACCGGCUCAAAUGAGAAGCGCUGGGGAAAGAUGAAGCCGCGGCUUGAGCAGGUCAUUGGCUCAUUCGAGGUUGUGGAGCGAUUUGGAUGA